UCACAUUGUCAAGAGUACACGAGAAUUCUGUAAGUUAUGGAAUCCCUCGCCAGACUAUAAAUAAGAGUCACUAGACCCAUCAACGUCAAAGCGUUGAGACAUUGAACAUUGGCAAGAUCUGCAGAAAUCUCCAUCAUCACUCUAGAUCCACAAUAUCACAACUAUCGAUCUCAGAAUGGCGUUGGUAGCACCAGACUGGUUAAAUGCAGACUUCAUGCAGCGAGUUCUGAAGAAUUCUGAGAAGGAUGAUACCAUUAAAAUAAUUGAGAUGACGACGAAAGCGGCGACCAAUAAGGGUGACAAUUAUACCAGUGACAUGCAUCGUGCUACCGUUGAGUUUACACGCGAUGAGCGCGGUAGGAAGGUCACGGAGAAGCGUUCGAUAAUUGUUAAGGUGGCACCUACCACAGAGGGGCAACAGAAGGAGUUGGUGGAGGAGGCUGGUCUCUUCGGAGUUGAAAUAUUGAUGAUGACGACAACGCUUCGGGAAAUGCAAGAAUUCCUGCCGGAGACGAAGAUAAGUGGCAAAUGCCUCUACACACAGAGCGAAAAUCCACCGGUCUUAGUCAUUGAGGAUCUUGCACCUCUGGGAUUCCGGAUGGCCGAUCGGGAAGCCGGCCUGGAUCUCGACCAUUGUAUCCUGGCUUUGAGAGGAUUAGCUAAAUUCCAUGCUAGCUCCGUAGCAGUGUAUGAAAAGUCACCAGAAUGUAAAAAAUUCUACACAAGGGGAAUCUUCAAUUCUGACAAUCCCCAAGGGAUGAUACAAUUUUUCACCAGCGGUAUGAAGGGUCUCGCUAAAGCUGUAGAGGACUGGCCUAAACUUGGAAAAAAAUACGCCGACAAGAUCAACAAAAUAGCUGAUGUCGCAAACGAUAGAGCAUCAGACUGUCGACUUCCCAAUGAGUCUGACUUCAACGUUAUAAAUCAUGGUGACUUUUGGGUGAAUAACAUGCUCUUUGCCUACGAUACCAAUGGCAAAGUCAUGAAGCACAUUUUUGUAGACUUUCAACUCUGUGUCUACGGUUCACCAGCGAUUGAUCUCAAUUACUUUCUCAAUACAAGCCCUUCGGAGAAAGUGCUCGUGAAUCAUCAAGAUGAUCUCAUAGAUGAGUACUACAAAGUCUUGACUGCUACAAUGCGGAGAAUCGGUUGCAAGGUUGAACCACCAAGCAUGAAUCAUCUGAAGGAAGCCAUAUACAGGAUGGAAUUUUAUGGGAUGCUCUCUGCAUGCACUAUCCUGCCGAUAGUUCUAAUAGAUAAGAACGAAGCUCAGCACCUUGACGAGAUCCUGGGAAAUGAUGAAGGUUCGUUCAAUAACAAAGGGUACGAGAAUCCCAAGUACAGGGAGACCAUGACCAGGAGAUUACCGAGGUGGGAAGCCAUGGGUUUGCUCGAUUGAUCUCAUGCCGUUGAUCGCUCUCACAAAACAUUCAAAUAUUGUGAAAAAAGAUUAGAAAUUUUUGGGACUGUCUGUACCAUUGAAUUUAGGGCAACCAAAUAUUGUUUGAUAAUUUCACUGGGGAUUUUUCAUGUUGGGAAUUAUACCCCUCGUCGGAACUGACAAAUUCGUGUUCUCUAAGCAUUAGAUAAAUGAGUAAUAGAAUAAUGGGAACUGUAUAACUUAUAUCGAUACAAUUACUGUGGAAUUGGACUCAUUAAAAAUUUUAUCAAAACA